UUCUAUUUGCCCAGAGCUAUAUUUUGUUCAGAAACUCUGUCCUGAGAAGGGAUUAAAGAAGGCAUCCAACAAGGACUGAACAAGGAAGGGAGGCAUCAGUGGAACAAGGGUGGUUUUCCGCUGCCUCCCAGAAGGAUGGAGGUGCACAAUGUGUCUGUUCCCUUCAACUUCUCCCUGCCGCCCAACUUUGGCAAGCGCCCCACGGACCUGGCACUGAGCAUCAUCCUGGUGCUCAUGCUGCUUGUCAUCAUGCUCUCUCUGGGCUGCACCAUGGAGUUCAGCAAGAUCAAGGCUCACUUGUUGAAGCCUAAGGGGCUGGCCAUCGCCAUGGUGGCCCAGUAUGGCAUCAUGCCCCUCACUGCUUUUGUGCUGGGGAAGGUCUUCCAGUUGAACAACAUUGAGGCACUGGCAAUCCUGAUUUGUGGCUGCUCACCUGGAGGGAACCUGUCCAACAUCUUCAGUCUGGCUGUGAAGGGGGACAUGAACCUCAGCAUCGUGAUGACCACCUGCUCCACCUUCGUUGCCCUGGGAAUGAUGCCUCUCCUCUUGUAUAUCUACUCCAAAGGGAUCUAUGAUGGCAGCCUGGAGGAUAAGGUGCCCUAUAAGGGCAUUAUAAUAUCAUUGAUCAUGGUUCUCAUCCCUUGCACCAUAGGAAUCAUCCUCAAAUCUAAACGGCCAAAAUAUGUGCCUUAUAUUAUGAAGGGAGGGAUGAUAAUCUCUCUCUUAUUCAGCGUGGCCGUCACAGCCCUCUCCAUCAUCAACAUAGGGAAGAGCAUCAUGUAUGCCAUGACACCACACCUGCUGACAGUCUCCUCCCUGAUGCCUUUUAUUGGCUUCCUGCUAGGCUACCUUCUCUCUGCUCUCUUCUGUCUCAAAGCACGGUGCAGACGCACCAUCAGCAUGGAGACAGGAUUCCAAAACAUUCAACUCUGUUCCACCAUCCUCAACGUGACCUUUCCCCCUGAAGUCAUUGGGCCACUUUUCUUCUUUCCUCUCCUCUACAUGAUUUUCCAGCUUGGUGAAGGGCUUCUCUUCAUUAUUGUCUUCCGGUGCUACAAAAAAUUCAACCCUCCCAAGGAGAAAACAAAACUGAUCUAUACAGCUGCAACAAAAGAAGCAAUUUCAAGAGCUCAGGAAAAUGGCGUCCACAAAGGGGAAGAGUGCACCCCUUGCACAGCCUAGCCCUUCCCUUGGCAGCCUGGAUUCUGGGCAGAUGGCAACUGAGAAAGCCAGUGUGCUCAACUACAGAGCAGCAAAAACAAAACAAACACCAGGCUUGUCUUUCUCUAGCACUUCCAAACCACCUCAUUUCUUGCAAAGAGAAGAUUCACUUCAGCAGAAUCAAGGUUUGGUCUGCAGGUCAAAAGAAGACUCGCCUAUCCCCUGCUUGUACUGGUUAAAAAAAUGACUUAUUCAGUGACUAUAAACUCUAUGAAGGCAAAAAAUAAUCUGCCUUUUGCCCUAGACCUCUGAACACAGUGCCUAAUUAGCAUAUAAAGCUCCAUUUCUGGGCUAAUCAAUAAAUGGCCUGUUUUACCCAUUAAUCAAAUACUCAAAUCUCUAAGUUUUUUGACCCAAAAGGAAAUAAAUGUUCAAGAACACUGCAGAAUUUGUACACUACAAAAGUUCUAAUAUAAAAGAUCAUAUUUCCUUUCUCUUUGA